UGAAUCCUCAAUGCAGCCUUGGAAGACAUUUCAUUCUUUUGCAAACAAUGCACGAUCUCCAUUGUGCAGGCCUUUGAAGAAUAAAGCCUGUUGUCCUUUAGGAUCCCAGCCCUCUUUCCGGUCCCUGAAUACCAAGCCAACUUCUGCGCUAACUCUCAACAAACCCACCGCCCCCAAACCAAAGCACCCGAAACCAGCUGGCACUGUUAAAACAGACGAAAACGAACUAUCAAACCGUCAAAAGUUCAAUCGUGUUGAGCCUUCUGCAAGAGUGUAUGAGAAACUCGAGAAACUUGGAUUUGGAACCCUUCGACAAACCAAACGGUUCUCAAUAGUCCGUGGCAAGCAGAAGCCAGUUUCAGAAAAAGAUGGACCACCAGAUCCAGAGUAUUCGUUUCCAUUACUUUCAUUUUUUGCAGGGGCCAAGACACCUGCAUCCUUCCCUCCCGAAAGUUUGGUUGAGAUUGGAUUUGUUGGUCGAUCGAAUGUAGGAAAGUCAAGUCUUAUUAAUAGCCUGGCCGAGAGCACAGUAGUUCGAACAUCUGAUAAGCCAGGAUUGACACAGCAAAUCAAUUUCUUCUCGGCUGGCUCAUUGUUUCACAUGGUAGACAUGCCAGGUUAUGGAUUUGCCUUUGUGGACGAUGCGGAAAGGCAGCAAUGGAGGGAUUUGAUGGAAAACUAUGCAGAAAAAAGAACAAUACUCAAAAGAUUAUUUGUUGUUAUCGAUGCACGCCAUGGCCUCAAAGUUGCAGACCAUGAUUUCCUCCAGAUGCUUGAUAGCAAAAAGGUCCGGUUUCAAAUCGUCUUGACAAAAUGCGAUUUACAAGUAUUGCCUAUAUUAGCACGCCGUGUAAUGGUUGUACAAGAGAGUAUCCGAACUUAUAGACACUCUGUUAAAGAUGUUCUGGUUGUCAGCUCAAAGACUGGAUCGGGUAUUAACCAGAUGCGUAAGGAAAUUCUCUUCUUGACCGGAAAAUUACAACCAAGAGAGUUUUACAAGCCAAAGAAAGAGGAAGUUCCUCAAAAACGUUAUUAA